AUGGAUACCAUCAAAGUGUGAAAGGUGUGGAAAUCUUGGCCAUAAAGAGAAGCGGUGCCUUCUGACUUCUAAGCCGGAAAAUCUGCAGCAGCAAAAAACAAAAGAUGAUCGCUCUGACAUUCCUGUGGUGGAUAUUGAUGUUAUUCUCCAGCAAAGGGAUUCAAUGACCGCAAAAUCAUCACCAAAUGGCAACCCAACGACUCCAAAGGUUCUAGAGGAUAAAGAUAUUGUUGAGCCCAGUCAGCAACCACUACUAGUAGUUGAUCAUGGCGCUUCUGCGAAUCACUCUUAUCAUUCAGACUUUGACCAAGAAACAAGCAACACAUUAUCUGGAACUCGAUCACCUUCUUCUCAUUUACAACAUAAGAAGCCUGCUACUAUGCUAAUGGCAGUUACCAUUCCCUCCACAUUAGUAGAUUCACAAUCUACUCCUAUUGACACACAGAUUAUGGAGUCCUUUCCAUCAAACAUUACCAACAGUGUGGCCCUAGGAUCAUCCGGUGUUGGUGCCUUCAUCACAUCACCUGUUCACUGUGCAUUUGAGAGUCCUCAUUUUACAGUGCUUGGAGAUGAUGUUGAUGAAGUUGAAAUUGAGCCUUCUUCACAGUUCAGCUUAACAAGAGGUGGCAGAGAAUCGAAGGCUCCUAUCAAAUACCAUAAUAUGGAAUGGAAGACAGUCCGAGGGAGAGGUAAGCGAGAUCGUCGGGGCCGAGGUUCCUCUCAAUAGGUUAUGUUUUCAUACCAUUACAGGUCUAUCUUCUUUACCUACUCCUUUGUUGCAUUGGUUUGGGGUAUAAUUGCUCAUGAGGCUUGUCUCGUGAAAACUUUUUCAAACUAUAAGACUUUCGGUCUUAUCUUGUAAUCGUUUAUGUUUUAAUACGAAAGCCCUUUUUUCAAAAAAAAAACUUUAACAGCCACCUUUAACUGUUACCUCUUUUCUUUUCUUGCGUCAUGGCUUACAUCAAUUUAGAUUCAGAUUUUUUGUUUAUUUCUGAUAUCACGAUAUGUAUAGUAUAGUGUUCUUUCAAGAAAUGUAGCCUAGUGUUUUUGCGAAUUUUACCUUCAACAUUCAGGCAUUUUUUUUAAUCGUUUCUAGUUUCUAGAUUAUUAAAUUUGAGUGCCUCAUCCCUAAACAGAACAAUCUAAAUAUGAAGUCAUAUUUUAUUUUUAUCAAUUAUUAGCCAAUAAUUGAUUUGUUUUUAUUGACAGCUGCUGAUUCUCUUUACAGUUUUACCAAAUUAAGAUUGCAAUACAGAACGAACAAUAAAAUUAGCUUCAUAAGUUUAAAUACAUUUCCAACAAAAUGUCGUUCACUGAAUUAGUUUCUAUUUGGUUGUUUUAUCACCUUCACGUUAUUAUUACAAUAUCUGGAAACCAGAAAAUUAGCUCUUAACAUUCUCCUCUUCCUUCUUUUUUUCUUUGUUAAUAACUGAGUAUCUUGAUUCAACAUUUUAUUUGGGAGCACAAAAAGUAUAGGCCAUAGAGUUUGAAAUCAAAAUGCUUUCAAAGAAAUCUAAAACAAUCGCUCUUAAUCGAGUCGAAAAGAAUAAUCACAUUUCUUUUCGAUUUUGAUUUCUCUCAUUCUAGUAUUCAGAAAAAAGAAGAAAAAGAAUAAGCAUACAAAUAGCUUUUUCAUCAUUCUUUUUCUUAGGAACUGUUUUGAUUUGGUUUGGCAAUUUGUUUAUGUCAAACUACAAAAUGAAGGGUCUCUUCAAGGGUCUUAGAUACAUUUCUCAAAUCUUCGGUGAGUUAUUUUUUCUUUUUAUGUGAAUAUAUAUAUAUAUACUAUCUUCUCAGAAAUGUAUCUUUGUAAUAUACUUUUUGAAAUGAUUAGUAUAUUAAGCUUUGUGAAAUUGCAAAAUGCAGAAAACGAGAAAGAGCCAGAGAUGCAAAUUGGAACACCUACAGAUGUAAAACAUGUUGCUCACAUUGGUUGGGAUGGAGGAUCUCCCAAUCAAAACUCACCGAGCUGGAUGAAUGAUUUCAAUGCAUCCGGUGGAUAUUCAUCGUCGCCUCUAGGAAAUAUCAAGGAGGAUGGCUCUUGCAUUUCUGAAGAUUCAACUCGAUCACGUGAUAUACCAAGAUAUCCAAAAUCGUCGAGAGACCGUUCGAACAAUUUGGAAUCACCAGCAAAAGAACGAACACGACGUGGUUCUUCGAACUCUAGUGGGAAUCCAAAAACUUCACGAAGAUCAAAAGAAUCUUCAAGUAUAUCUCAAGAUGGUUCUGUAAGAUCUCGUCGUAAAAAGUCUAAAGAUUCCGUGAACGGUGGAUCUACACGAUCGUCGCGGAGAGCACGUGAUUCUCAGACAGAAUCUAUAAGUGGUUCAAUGUCUGAUGGAGAAUCAUUGAUAUCACUCUCCUUUGAAGAUCUUUAAGGACACGUAAUGUAAAAGUGUGGUCUCAAAAUAUCAUAUACAGCUUUGGUUGGUUACUAGAGGACAUUCAAGCUUGCAUGGGGUUUUCGGAUUUUGUAGAGAAAAAAUAUGAUUUGUCAUUAUAUAAUCAACCGAGGUGAUCAACUGAGUCCGGAUGUGGAUUUCUGUUGAGUUAUUAUUAUCACUAAUUUCACAAAGAUAUAAAUAUAUAAUCAUGCUCAAUUGCUCAUGAUGUUUUAGAACAA